AUGUCGAGCACAGCUGAGAGCGCCGAGCGCCCCUCCCCAGACAAGGUCCUGGUCGACAUCGCCGACUACAUCCAUAAUCACAAGGAUUUCUCCCCGCUGUCAGUCGAAACCGCGCGUCUAUGCUUGAUUGACACCAUUGGCUGUGGGCUGGAGGCGCUUCGAUUCGAGCAUUGUAGGAGGUUGCUUGGGCCAGUUGUAGAGGGCACGGUUGUCCCCAACGGCACGAAGGUUCCCGGAACAAACUACCAGCUCGACCCAAUUCGCGGUGCUUUCAACAUCGGUACUGCUAUUCGAUGGCUCGACUUCAAUGAUUGUUUCCUCGCUGCCGAAUGGGGUCAUCCAUCCGACAACCUCGGUGCAAUCCUUGCCGUCGCAGACUACCUAACCCGCUCGGGCAAAGCCCAACUAACAGUGCUCGAUCUCCUUCACGGUAUGAUCCAAGCACACGAGAUCCAAGGCUGCAUCGCCCUUCUCAACUCCUUCAACCGCGUCGGAUUGGACCACGUCGUCCUCGUCAAAGUCGCUUCCGCAGCAGUCAUCUCUCGUCUUCUCGGUCUCUCUCACCAACAGACCAUCGACGUCGUGAGCCAAGCAUGGGUAGACGGUCAAUCCCUCCGUACAUACCGUCACGCCCCAAACACCGGUUCGCGUAAAUCAUGGGCUGCAGGAGAUGCUUGUGCACGUGCCGUACACCUCGCUUUGCUCGUCCAGCGUGGUGAAAUGGGUCUUCCUUCCGUUCUUUCGGCGCGCACCUGGGGAUUCUACGACGUCCUCUUCAAGGGCAACCAAUUCGACUUCCAGAUGCCCUACGGGAACUAUAUAAUGGAGAACGUACUAUUCAAGAUUUCGUACCCUGCCGAGUUCCACGCGCAGACCGCUGUUGAAGCGGCACUUACUCUGCAUGCGCAAUUGAAAGCACGUGGAAAGAGUACAGACGAUAUUAAGAAUGUGCAGAUCCGAACUCAGGAAGCUGCUAUGCGGAUUAUCAACAAGAAGGGCAAGCUGCACAAUUUCGCGGAUAGGGAUCACGACAUCAACUACAUGGUUGCCUACCCUCUUAUCUUCGGCGAGCUAACCACCGAAUCCUACUCCGACGAAGCAGCGGCAGACCCACGUAUCGACGCCCUACGCGCAAAGACACACUGCGUCCAAGACAAACAAUUCAGUAUAGACUACCAUGAUCCCGAAAAGCGCUCCAUCGGGAACGCCAUCACCAUCACGCUCAACGAUGGUACCGUCCUCGACGAAGUCGCCAUCGAAUACCCAAUCGGCCAUAAGCGUCGUCGUUCAGAGGGUACACCCCUCCUGAUGCGCAAGUUUGAGCGUCAUGUCGGUCAUCAUUUCGAUGAGACGCGUAAGAAAAAAAUCUUGGAGACAGUCUCAGAUGCGGAAAGCUUUUUCAAACUACCUGUUGACAAGUUCACCGACUUGUUCGUGAAGGCGUAA